GAGCAGAACUUUUCAGAUGCUUUUCUAAGAGCGAGAAGUUUUGGAGGUGUCUAUACUCUCUCUACGUGAGUUCCGUGCAGAAACCCUGGAGCCCGUCAACAGCAGUGCUCUCGCUCAUCAUGUUGUGGGUUGAAGGAAGCUCUCUGUGGAAGAGCUGCAGAGAUCUCACUUCCCAGAGCUGCACUGUGGGUGCUGGGUGUCACAUGACAAUGUUGAGCUGAUUUCUGCUGUUUGUAAACGCUGCUGUAAAGGGCGCUGUUGACUGACGGCUGGUAACCGGAGCUGGUGGAGGACGUCGGCAGCCAAUGGGAGGAGAAGAGGAGAGAGAAGGGAAGGGAGGCCCCACGAGCGCCGAGCAGCGCGCGCUACAGCGCAGGACAGCGCGCGAGGACCGGGCGCUUCUUCCCCAGCUCUCCCUCCCGGUCAGUGCAGCACGGGGGCGGCGGAUGCGGUGCGCUUGGCUGGGGUGGGAGCUGAUCACACUGGGAGAAGCUGGGAGAAGCUGCAGCUCAUUGCUUUAAUGAGUUAAAGCCAAGAAUGGAGAACCUGUAUGACCAGCAAGUGCCUCUUAGUAGCUCACAUGGAAAGGCGUCCUGCAGCAGCAGAGCAGCGAGACAAGACAAGAAAAGAAAAUUCAUUAGCACUGACCUGGCUUUGGACACUGAGGGGCUGUUUCAGGAUCUCAGUCAGCUUCAGGAGACCUGGCUUGCUGAAGCUCAAGUUCCGGACAACGAUGAGCAGUUUGUUCCUGACUUUCAGAGUGAAAACUUGGCGUUCCACGGGCUGCAGCUGAGGAUCAAGCGGGAGCCCCACAGCCCAUGUGCUGAGCUGGGAUCAGCCUGCAGCCAGGAGAGGCCCUUCAAGCUCCACUAUGGGGAGAAGUGCCUGUAUAAUAUCAGUGCCUAUGAGCAGAAACAUCCAGCGGGAAUGAAAGCCUCCAGCCCAGCUACGACCCCCUGCAGCACACCAGUGUCCCCCCAUCAGCAUGUGUCUCCCAGCGCUGCCCCCACUCCUAAACCAGACAGGACAUACCCCCACCUCGUCCCCCCACAGCCCCUCCCCGACAGCACGUACUCCAUGGACCACAGGUUUCGGCGACAGUUAUCAGAGCCAUGCCAUUCAUUCCCCUCCCCGCCCUCCAUGACGCCGGACGGGCGACCCAUGUACCACAGACAGAUGUCUGAGCCCAGCAUCCCCUUCCCCUCUCAAGGGUUCAAGCAGGAAUACUCAGACCACAUCUUUGAGCAUCCGGUCAUGGUGGGGGCUCCCAUCCCCCACUCGUACCCCCACUCUAUGAUGAUCAAGCAGGAGCCGCGAGAUUUCACCUACGAUUCAGAAGUGCCUAGCUGCCACUCUGUUUACCUGAGGCAAGAGGGAUAUUUGGCUCAUGCAAACAGAACUGAAGGUUGCAUGUUUGACAAAGUUGCCAGGCACUUCUAUGACGACACUUGUGUGGUUCCAGAAAAGGCUGAAGGUGAUAUUAAACAGGAGGCGGGGCUAUACCGCGAGGGUCCUACCUAUCAGAGGCGUGGCUCGCUGCAGCUCUGGCAGUUCCUGGUGGCUCUGUUAGAUGACCCCUCCAACUCACACUUCAUAGCGUGGACCGGCCGGGGCAUGGAGUUCAAACUCAUCGAACCUGAAGAGGUCGCACGACGCUGGGGGAUCCAGAAGAAUCGCCCCGCCAUGAACUACGACAAACUCAGCCGCUCAUUACGAUACUACUAUGAGAAGGGGAUCAUGCAAAAGGUGGCGGGUGAGAGAUACGUGUAUAAAUUCGUUUGCGAUCCCGAGGCCUUGUUCUCCAUGGCCUUCCCCGACAAUCAGCGGCCUGUGCUGAAGACUGAUAUGGAGAGGCAGAUCAAUGAGGAGGACACGGUGCCGCUGUCGCACUUUGACGAGAGCGUGGCGUACGUUCAGGAGGGCGCCUACUGCAACCCUCACCCGUACAACGAGGGCUACGUCUACUAAUAACUGAUCCUGAGUCUGACCCACGGCGGCGGACCUCCUCCCAUAGACUCUGACCUUUUCAGGCUUUCCCCCACCAGUUCCUCUUUCUGUCUGACGUCUCCGUCGUUUCCCCGGGACAAAGAGUGCACUUUAUGGACAGAGACGGGCAGCGUGUAAACCUACUGGCGGUAGUUUCUACUGUAGUCGCUACUUCAAUGUUUUUCUUUCUUUUUUUUUUUCCUUUUCUUCAAAAAUAAAAGAAAACAUGGGGGUUUGGGUAUUUGCAGCAUGCCAUAUUCACACAGGUGUGACUCUGGACGUUAACGGCCUGGUACUGAAACAAUGUGUUCAUCUGUUUAGACUGGUUUAUAGUCUGGAGCACGUGGGUGAAUAAAUCUUAACUUCUUUUUUUCCUAAGAUCUCCUUUAAUCAUUUGUGGACUGAUCAGUUAUUUUCAUGGCCCCCUCUUUUGGUGUCAUAUUGAUUAACAGCUAAUGACGCAUUUAAUUUUUGUUGGGGUAUAAUGGCCUACAAGGGUCUCCACAGUGAAAGUGAAACAAGCACAUAUCUGAGGCAGAUGAUGAUUUAAUGAGCAAGAUUCCAUAAAAUCUACUGACCCUACAUUAACAAAACCAAAUCAGUACUGGUUAAGUGUUUUAGUUUUAGCAGAUGAGCAGCACAUGCCUGUGUAAUGUUAUUUGUACCAUUUGGGUUAUCAAGUCCAUCCUAAACAUAGAGCUCUGGAUAAAAAUUAGGAGGCCACUUAAAAAUUGAGUUUUUUAAAUUUUAUCAAAUUGAAAACCUCUGGAAUAUAAUCAAGAGGAAAAUGGAUGAUCACAAGCCAUCAAACCAAACUGAACUGCUUAAAUCUUCUUAAAUAUUGAUUUCUGAGCUCUUAAAACGUUAGGUCUGAAAGCUCUGCAUCUUUUUUGUUAUUUCAGACAUUUCUAAGUUUAUGCAAAUAAAUGUUCUAAAUUACAAUAUUUUUUUGGAAUUUGGGAGAAAUAUUGUCUGCAGUUUAUAGAAUAAAACAACAAUGUUCACUUUACUCAAAUAUAAACCUUUAAAUACCAAAAUCAGAGAAGUGGUCUCUUAUUUUUUUCCAGAGCUGUAGAUAAAUAAAUAAAUAAAUAAAUAAAUAAAUAAAACAAGGCAUGGCAGUGAUAAAUGGGAAUUUAAAAGCUGUUUUAAAAGCUGUUCUGACCCAAUGUUGUUAUUUUUUACUUAAAAAUUAUCCCUCUUUUACAUAUGUUUAAACUGUAAUUAAUGAGAUUUUAAAACCGGUUAAAGCUCUAAAGUUGCAUUUUUAAUGUAAGGGAAUAUAGAGUCAGAUCCCAGACAUGGAUUAAGCCUAGCCUUGGACUACACAGCAUUUUGAAUGGAGAUAUAUAUUCUAUAACUAGACUUAUUCCCUGUCCAGGAAACUGCUUCUUAAUGUUGAAUAAUUUAAGACAAAAUACAGUAGUAAGACCAUAUACAUGCAUAGUCUCAAAGUGUCCAUCUCAUCCUAUUAUUAACACUGCUGUUUUACUGUAGAACCAAGUAAACCUUUUUACAUUUAUUUAUUAAAGAAAAUGUCAAAAUGAAGUUGAAAUUAUGAAGUCAACACGAACGUUCCAUCAACCCACUACGCCAUCAUCUCUACAAUUAUGAAUAUGUAUAUUCAGGUUAAUACACAUUGAUGCUGCUUUUUCGUGUGAUUGGAUACAUGUAGUCAUUCCAUAUCAGAUGGCAGCUAUGCCCUGCAGUACGCUCAUUAUUGUUUUUUUCUGUCUUUUUUUACAUCAAAAACAAAGUCAGUGUUUAUUUAAUGUAAAAUAUAUACGUUGAGAAGGAAAUGGCAAUAGCUACACUUCUGUAAUAAAAUAGUGUUGAAAUACUCA